UGUAAACCCUCUCUCCUCUGCGUCCCUGUGGCGUGCUCAAGGACGAGAGAGAGAAAGAGAGAGAGAGAGAGAGGGGUAACGAUGUCGAAGAAUAGUUUGGAAUCAAUGCUCCAAUCGCAUGUGGUAACCUAGGGUUCGGGGCGAUGUGAAAAGGGAGUUUUGUCGGGGAGGCUGAUUGACGGGUUCAAGAUGAGCCAGCCUUCUGUGAUACUUGCCACUGGCAGCUAUGACCACACUAUUAAGUUCUGGGAGGCGAAGAGCGGGCGCUGUUACCGCACUAUUCAGUACCCAGAUUCCCAAAUCAAUCGGCUUGAGAUAACUCCUGACAAGCGAUUCUUGGCUGCAGCUGGAAAUCCUCACAUCCGCCUCUUUGAUGUCAAUUCUAACAGCCCUCAACCAGUUAUUAGCUAUGAUUCGCAUACAAACAAUGUGAUGGCAGUGGGAUUUCAAUGUGAUGGCAAUUGGAUGUAUUCAGGUUCUGAAGAUGGAACUGUAAAGAUCUGGGAUAUAAGGACAGCAACUUGUCAACGGGAGUAUGAAAGUCGUGCAGCUGUCAACACAGUCGUUCUACACCCAAAUCAGAAGGAACUAAUAUCUGGCGAUCAAAAUGGAAAUAUACGAGUGUGGGAUUUAGUUGCAAAUUCAUGCAGCUGUGAGCUGGUACCAGAGGUUGAUACCGCAAUAAGGUCUCUAACUGUGAUGUGGGAUGGAAGCAUGGUGGUUGCUGCAAACAAUCGUGGGACAUGUUAUGUGUGGCGUUUGCUCAAGGGAACACAGACAAUGACAUACUUUGAGCCGCUGCAUAAAUUACAAGCCCAUGAUGGCUACAUCCUGAAGUGCCUUCUUUCUCCAGAAUUCUGUGAUCCGCAGAGGUAUCUUGCAACUGCUUCAUCGGAUCACACGGUUAAAAUAUGGAACGUCGAUGGUUUUACACUGGAACGAACUUUAGUAGGUCAUCAACGCUGGGUCUGGGAUUGCGUGUUCUCGGUUGACGGUGCAUAUUUAAUAACAGCUUCUUCUGAUACAACUGCAAGACUAUGGACAAUGUCCACGGGAGAAACCAUCAGGGUGUAUCAGGGGCAUCAUAAAGCUGCUAUUUGCUGUGCUCUACACGACGGCGCCGAAUCGCACCCAUCAUAGUUUUACGGUAUCGGACUUAAUGUGCAGAAGCAGAAGCCUUCCAUGUACAAAAUUAGCUUCUUAAAAGGUCUUUUUCAUUUUUAUUGGUUUGAUUCUGGUCGCUUGUCGAUGCUCAAACCACAGCUUUUCGCCAUAGCAGCUUUGGUUAGAACCGGUUUCUUUGUAUUCUAGAUUGAAUGCGCUUAAAACUGUCGUGCAUAUAUUAGCUGUGAAUAGAUUAAUCCUUA